GAACUGCACGAACGAACGUGCGGAGCGCUGCUACAAACACGGCGCUCGACUGUGCUUGUACCCGCCCCGGCCUUCGCAUUAUCGGAGCUUUCACCGCCAGGUGCCCUCAUUUCUCGGGCGCCGAGGAACAGAGCCCUCGAUUUUUUUCGGGCCAAGUCAUCUCCUGAGACAAGAGAGAGAGAGAGAGAGAAAAGAAGGGCGCGGAGGGGAGAACCAAAAUAGAUUGUUUUCGAAGGCGCUGUUUUGUGGUAAGGCACGGUAUAGAGGUUUACUAAUGCGUUUUUCAAACGACACGAGAAUUUGUCUUCGACGAUAAGCAACCAGAAAAACCGCCGAACGGAAUAUGGAAGGAUAAACAAAAGGGGCACUCGAAAAGUACCACGCUUGAUUUGCUUGAAAGACUCAGCUUAGUAUGACGGAGUCUAAAGUUGACGGAAAAGAAUAAGAAGAUCUGAGGGACUUUUGUUCAAAAAAAAAAAAAUAAGUAAAUAAAGAAAGAAAUGGAUUUUUACGUGCCAGACAUUCCUUAAUGGCUCGAGUUUAUGUUUUGAUGACUGAGAUAGCCGGGCCUUACCAGGCCUAUUUUUCCCAUUGCUCAUCAUUUAAUAAACAAUCACAGAACUACGACAUGAUCAUGAGGCAUGCCGUAGUGGGGGACUCCGGAUUAAUUUAGACUUCCUGGGCUUCUUUAACGCGUACCUAAGUCCAAGUACACAAGCGUUUUCGCGUUUCACCUUAAAGGGCCUUGUUUUUGUUGGUCGACCCCAUAGUCGGACAAACACACAACCCAGCCAGGGAAAACAACAGGGGAAAUUGCCACCCGCCUCGGUAUCUCUGUGGCUAUGGCGUUGCGCUGUUGACCUCGAGGUCGCGGGUUCGAUCACGACCGCGGCGGCCGCAUUCCGGUGGGAGCGGAAUGCAAGAACGCUCGUAUACCAUGCAUUAGUUGCACGUUAUACAGAACGCCAGGCUAUCAAAAUUAUUCCGGAGCCACCCUCUGAUUGACUCACGUUGACAGCUAGUCGCGAUUCAUUCAAAAACGACACUCUUUCUUGGAUUUGAAGCACCUGAAGGAGACAUUCGCAUUUCAAGGCUUUUGUAAAGGUUAUUGAACGUCAACUGCUGAAAAAAAAAAACGCUUGAAAUGAAGAUCUUGACGCCAGAACGUACAUUCAACCAUCAAUGGGAGACUGGUGCCGAGGCUGAAUGGCGGAAAUAUCCCAAUCCAAUGAACCCUGUUGUGACUGGCAUUGAUGUGGUAGACAGGCAGAUGCGCAAUGGUAUCCUCAAGAGUCAUCGCCUUAUCAGCACAGCGUGGGGAUUUCCUGCAUGGGAACAGAUGAUUAUGGGUGCCGACCAAACCUGCUAUGCUAGCGAACACUCUGUGGUAGAUCCCACGCGGUGUACCAUGACCUUGGUGUCAAGAAACCUGACCUUCUAUAAUGAGAUUUACAUUGUGGAGAAACUUACCUACACAGAACACCCUCAGCACAAGGGUAACACAUUGAUGCCACAAGAAGCAAUCAUCACAAUCAGGGGCGUGCGUUUGAGCAGCUACUUGGAAGACUUCGUAGCCAAAGCAAUCUCUUCAAAUGCGGGAAAGGGACGCUUGGCUAUUUAGUGGGUUAUUGGUCUUAUGAGUCAAGAGCUACAAGAACUGACAAGACGAACUGUGAAGAGUGUCGACGGGAUCAUCACAUCAGCUGCCAAGAAAAGUAUGGAUGACUUGAGCAACUUGACCACAUCAGAGCCGCACUACCGC